AGUUGUUAUAUUUAUUGGAAACUGGGACAGCGACAUAAAUUAUAGGGUUCAUAGAGAAUGUUUCCAUUAUCAGAGAAUGUAAAACUGUAGGACGCAGUAGGGUGGAAUUAUAGCGGCGGCUCCGUGUCAUUCUUACAGUAACUGAACUGCAAAAUGCAGCACUGCAUCUGUGCAAAAAUAAAAUGUUGCUUUUCCUUUGGCCUAUUGGAGCAUGCCGCCGUUAAGCAUGGGCUACUCCGACGACGUGUUGUAAGGGUGUGUCUACUUGUGGCAGCCUGGACCGGGGUCUAUGAGCGAACCUUCAUCGCUGUGAAGCCUGAUGGCGUACACAGACGCUUGGUGGGUGAGAUCAUUAGGCGGUUUGAGAAGAAGGGCUUCCACUUGGUUGGGAUGAAGUUAGUGCAGCCCUCAGAGCCCCUUCUGAAGGAGCAUUACUGGGGCCUGAGGCAGAAACCCUUCUUCAGUGGACUGAUAGAGUACAUGCGCUCUGGACCUGUGGUUGCCAUGGUGUGGCAGGGCCUGGACGUAGUAAAGAUGGCCCGCAGGAUGCUGGGAGAGACUGACCCUGCUGACUCCCUGCCAGGGACCAUCAGAGGGGACUUCUGCAUGGAGGUGGGCAGGAACGUGAUCCAUGGCAGCGACUCUGUGAAGAUGGCACAGAGGGAGAUAUCACUCUGGUUCAACCCAGAUGAGCUGAUCUGCUGGGAAAACAGCAGCCAGCCCUGGAGAUACCAGUGAAAAGCACAGCAGCUAGCUGCUGGUAAACACGCUGCGGGCUCCUGUGUCCAUCGUUACAUACUGGCAGGACUCGUUCUGAUAUCUACGGCUUUCUGACUGUUUACUGCUGUUCUGCUGGGUGGCCGCAGUGCCUGUUAUGAAGCAUAUCCUUGCUAUUGUAAUCUAUGGUCAUCUGUGGUAAGUUUUUAUUGAGGCGGAUACUCUGAAUGGAUGCUCAGGGUCAUAGAAUCACUUAUUUGCCACUUCAUAUUUAUAUGGCAUUGGUUUCAUUUUUUGUUAAAUGUAGUGUCAGCUGUUAAGACUGAAAUUGAUGUCCUUUACAGACCUGUAUUGGUUUGAAAUUUUGGAAGAUGAGUCCCUUUAUUGCCCAGUUUGGCUUUUUGGUUUAUUUUAGCUGAGAUGCACUGCUUCAAGUGUGAAAUGCAUCAAAAUGUAAAGAAUUCAUUUUCAAUUAAGAUAUUCCUACUUCAGCUUUAUUGUUGUGCUUUAGCACAACUAUGCUCAGUAGAAAGAAACAUAAAAAUAUACCAUAGCAGAGUAUAAAGUAUGAUUUAUCUUAUGUAGCAUGAGGGCCUUUAAACCCAAUACCCUCAAAUAUAUGCAUUUUGUUUUGCCACUGCAUGGAAAAUCUGAUUCUCAUGACAAAGAAGCUCAUCAUGAAUAAAACACAUUGACCUAA